AUUAUUAACGUAGACCACUAGAGGCGCUGUGGGGAGUUUUACACCGGAAGUCCCUCUUGUCUCCGUUCUUGUGUUGAACUUUGACCCCAGGCUUCGCACGCUGGAAAUGGAACUUCAGUGAAUCAACGAGGACUGUAAAAUAUUAAGAUGGGGAAGGCGCCUGCCAAGAGGAGCCUUGCAGACAAGGUUCGGAAGACCAAGACCUCUACUCAAAUCAAAAACAACCCGUUUGAGGUGAAAAUCAACAGGAAGAAAUUUGAGGUGCUGGGCAGAAAAGCCAAGCACGAUGUGGGUCUUCCAGGAGUGUCUAGGUCCAAAGCCAACAAGAAGAGAAAAGAGACCCUCCUGAAGGAAUACAAACAGAAGAAUAAAUCAAGCAAAUUCAUUGACAGACGUUUUGGGGAAUAUGAUACCAAGAUGGCACCAGAGGACAAAAUCCUGCAGAGGUUCACAAUGGAGAGACAGCGUGUCCAUGAUAAAAAGGAUGUGUAUAACCUGAAUGAGGAGGAGGAGCUGACUCAUUAUGGACAGUCUCUGGCUGAAAUGGAGAAAUUUAAUGAUGCUGUGAAUAGUGAUGAUGAGUCAGAAGAGAAGGGACUUCUGUCAGCUGAGCUGACUGCGACCCACUUUGGAGGAGGAGGGGGCCUCCUCAGAAAGAAAGCAUCAGGAGAGCAGGAGGAGGAUGGAAACCAGAGGGCCAAGUCCAGGCAGGAGCUCAUUGAAGAACUGAUCCAGAAGUCCAAACAAGAGAAGCGAGAUAGACAGGUGCAGAGAGAAGAGGCACAGGAGCUCACUGAGAAGCUGGACCAGGACUGGAAGAACAUCCAGACCCUGAUGGUGAAAAAGACGCCCAAAGCUGACAAACAGGAAGAUAAGCCAAAGCUGGAUGAGUAUGACAUGAUGGUCAGAGAGCUUGGUUUUGAGAUGAAGGCUCAGCCCUCUGAGAAAAUGAAAACCCCAGAAGAGCUUGCCCGGGUCGAAAGAGAGAAGCUGCAGAAGCUCGAGGCUGAUCGUCUGAGGAGGAUGAUGGGAGAUGAAGCGGAGCACAGUGCACAUGCUCAGAUCCACAUAUCUGCUGAUGAUCUUAAUGAUGGUUUCAUCUUGAACAAAAAUGAUAAGAAGACUGUGUCUUAUCAGGAUGGAAAAUGGAACAUUGGAGAGGAGUCUGAAGGAGUUAAAGAUGAACAGGGAGACGUUGGUGAGGAAGAGAAUUUAGAGGCAGAGGAAGAUGGAGAAGAAGAUGAGCAAGAGGGUGAUGAUGAAGAAGAUCAUGAUGAUGAUGAAGGUGAUGAAGAUGAUGAUGAGGAUGAUGGUCACUCUGACUUGGACUCUGAACAAGAAAGUGAAGAUGAUGAGAGAAAACAGGAGGAUAAAGCGUCUGAUGGUAAUUCAAAGAGUCUGAGUGCCGAGGAGAUGAAAGCUCAGCAGGACGCAGCCAAAGCUGAGCUCCCCUACACCUUCACUGCUCCAGAGAGCUUCAACGACUUGAAGGAUGUGCUCCAUGGUCAUACCCCUGACAACCAGCGCCUCAUUGUGGCCCGGAUCCAGAAGUGCAACCACCCAAGUUUAGCCACCGGCAAUAAGCUCAAGCUGCAGAAUUUCUUUGGCUUUUUGUUGGAGUACGUUGAAGAGCUGGCCACCAGGAAUCCACCUGAACUCACCGUCAUAGACAAACUUAUACCAGAGUUGUACGCUUUGUGUCAGAUGUUUCCUGAUGCAGCCUGUCGGUCCAUGCAAAACAUCCUUCGAGAUGCGGGUCAUAGCAUGGAGGAAGCUCUCGAGGUUAAAGGACAUGCAAGUUUUCCUGAUCUAGUCAUGCUCAUCUAUCUCAAGGUGACGGCUCUGCUGUUUCCUACCUCCGACUUCAGACACCCAGUCACUAGUCCAGCAAUGCUUUACAUAAGCCAAGCUCUCACCAAGUGUCCAGUGAGAUCGUUAAAGGAUGUGACGUCAGGUUUAGUGCUGUGCUGUCUGGCAGUGGAGUACGUCGCUCUUUCAAAACGCUUUGUGCCAGAGCUCGUCAACUUCCUGCUCGGAGCACUGCACUUGGCUGUGAGGGACAAGGCUUCUUUAGGCUACUCUGUGGUGCCGCCCUUCAGGCCUUCAGGGAAAUGCAGCUCUCUGCUGGUGUUGUCCAACUCAGAAUCCUACAAAGACUGGAGCAAGAAAAAGCUGCCGCUGUCUGCUACCCAAAACUUGGACCUCAAAACUGACCUUGACAGAGACAGUCACAGGUUGACCUGUUUGGCUACUGGUCUGGACUUGGUGAAGCGAUGCUGCCUGCUCUACAGAGACCUGGCGUCCUUUAAACACAUCUUCCAGCCAAUUGGAACACUGCUCUCCAAACAUCUUCCAGCCCAAGCUCUACCUGAGCCUCUACAGGAGCUUCACAGGCAGAUCCUGGAGACCAUCAGCGCUGCUCCUGUGACCCGCAGCCCGCUUGUUUUCGAGAAGAAGAAGCCCAUUCCUCUGAGACUGUUCAAACCUAAGAUUGUUGAAGUGGUGGACGAUAGAAGGAAGCGCGGCAACACCCGAGAAGAGAGGGAGAACGAGCGGCUGAAGCACAAGUACAAGAAGGAGUUUAAGGGCGCUCUAAGGGAGAUCAGGAAGGACUCUCGCUUCCUGGCUGCAGAGAAGCUCAACGAAGUCAUGAGCAGAGAUGCGGAGAGGAAGAGGAAGGUGAAGGAGCUCCUCGGCAGCUUGGCCAAUCAGGAGGGAGAGUGGAAGGCUCUGAAGAGGAGGAAGAAGAAGUGAACGGCGGUUUCAUCCUCCAUCACCUGUUAAUCAUCUAUUCAGUGGACAACCUGUUUAAGGUGGACAUUUGUGGAACUGUACACUGGUUUUGAAAAACACAAGUACAAAUUUCCCUUCUUUGUUGUUACAAAUAUUGUAUAACCUUUUAGUAAGUAAAAAUGCUGUGUUGGACAAGA